CCUGAGCAACUGAGUGAAUACUUUCCAGCCUUCCCUCAUCCUUCCGAUGGAAGGAAGGCAACCGUCCUUUGCGCGUAAGUGUAUGUCUGUUCAGAACCGAAUAUUCAUAUCCAGACCGCCUCGUCAAGACCCUGAUUCCACUGGAAACAAGUCCUAGUUAUCAGUCAAUUUUCUAAUGUUGACUCUCAUCGCUCGACAGUCAGCGAGUAUCCAGGGCGAGCAGUCCUGCUUUGCUCAUUAUUGAUCUUGUGCUCUACAACAUCACUAGAAAUGCCACAUCCUUCUUCUCUCUCAUUUGGCAAGCUCAAGACUGGUAAAAACCAGCAACGACAUCGCAAAACCCGCGGUGCAACCACUGAACCCUCGCCUAUCAAACUUGGCUACAUUUUCAAGUCUAUCAGGCACCGUCGUCUGAAGGGAAAGGUCGCGAUGGAGCAGCAGACUACUUCACCCCAAUCACCUCAUCUUGAAGCUGUUAUGAGCUUGUUACCUGCAUCUGAGCAGCAACCCUACGAAUGGAACACCGACUCUUUGAGUCUCCUUCCAGGAGUCAAUAACACGCGCAUUGUCUCAGAAUCUGCUAGCCUGCCUUCCACCGCCGAACAGAGCAUAGCUUCAUCCGAAGAGUCAUCACAUCACAUCUUUCAUAUGCGCCCUUCAAAGACUACUUCAGCUCUUCUCCCGAAGACCCCUGUAGACCCGUUCGCAGACGCCUCUGACACAUUUCCUGCUUUAGAAUCAUCUCCGUCUAUGUUUGACCUGCGUUCUCAUUCGGCGGGCGAUUACAUCAUGCGUCAGCUUGGCAAAACCUUGGAAAAGCUCUCGCUAGGCGAGGAUCAGUACGCUAGGCUUGAGGAGGACGUCCUCUCAAUCAGAUCCCUGAAUAGGCGAUGCACUGUGCCAGAAACGGUCCCGAUUGUGAUGUCUGGUUCCCAGGGCUCCCCAACCUCUUCUGACAUGAUCGUCUCUCCUGCUCCCCAUUGUCCCCCAAAGUUCAAAGACUCUUUUGCAUCUGGAUACCUUGUAAAUUUGAAACAACAGCUACAGGAGAAGGGAUGGACGUGUAAAUUUGCGCGUUCCACAUCAGCCAAAGAGCACGUCGCCGCCGCACCCACCAUACUCAUCACGUCCGUUGGCGCGAAGCAUCCCAGGCCACUACGUUCCCCGAUCGGCCUUUUCGGACCAGCAAGCCACAGUAUCGACGAUCCUGCGCUUCAACCGCUGCCGCCAGCCAGUUUCCCGUAUCUUGAUGACCCAUUUAUCGCGGACCCAUUCGCAUACAGUCAUCCUUCUAAAUUUUGCCUACCCACGCUGCCUUCAACUUGUUCAAUUUCUGAGGAUACAGGAGAAGUCGCUCACUCUGCUUGGUUUCUGGCCGAGACGCCCACUCAUGCACGUCUUGAACUCUUCCCUGCUAGUGGACAGGACUUCGCGACAGCCCUGACUACCACCAUCACGAAUCCAUUUGAUCUUCCACCUUUCUCUAUACCUUUCCUGAAAUAAGGCCUUCACAGCGCGUCGUUUGGUGAUCACGACGCUUGAAGUGAUUCCGCGAGUUGCGACACGAGGAGUUGUCUGAUUUGUCAUUGUCAUAGUCGUAAUCCACUGCCAUAAUAAUCCAGUAGGUUGUGUCUCUAUUCAUUCCUGGGGUCCCUACGCAUUCUAUACUAGGCUACUUCUUCCCUCUAGAUGGUACGAAAUUGGCUAGUAGUCGUAAGUAUCACAGUAAAUACUGGAGUGUUUUUGGAAGUGUUUAUACGAUGUUUGGCAAGGCCUUCCGUUUUCAACACGAACAAACAACUGCGAAAGGCAAUUAAGCUUGGGGACUAGGGUUGAAGUUGCCAGCCGUUCAACGUUGAACCUCUAGCAUGUCCAGACGCGUUGUAGUUUUCUCGGAACCUCGCAUGGUUGUGAAAAUUCUGGGCU